CACCUGUCAAUGUCACUGAAAGUAUUGUUGUUAUUGUUUGUUUUUAUUUUAAGAUUUCAAUCUUUAACAAAUUGACGAGUAAAUAAUAAAAAUAUAGCUAGUUAUAAAUACGUUUUUGGUGUAUUGAGCGGCUUUGUUACAAAUAUUUUCAAGUGCCCUAUCAAGAAGCUUUGUACAUUGCGCACAGUCGAUACGUAGGUAUCAAGCAUUUUCAAGAUCAAGGUUACUGUUAGCCCAGAGUUCAUCGUCAUCAGCACGAACCACACGCUACCACUGAGAACAGAUGGUUUUCACAGAAAGAAAUAAUAUGAUGCAGACAAGUUUGUAUGGAAGAGUCAGUAAGCUAUUAGAAUCCUAUGAAUGGAGUGACUGCAGUUUUUCAGUCAGUGGAAGGAAUUUCAAAGCCCAUAGACUAAUCAUGGGCAUUAGCAGUCCUGUAUUCAAGGCUAUGUUCUACGGACCAUUGUCUACCAGUGAUGAUAUCAUCAUAGCAGAUAUUGAGCCAGACAUAUUUCAACUGCUAAUUGUUUAUAUUUACACAGACAAAGUGGAAAUAUCAUGUAUUGAGCAUGCCUUUGAAUUACUUUAUGCUGCAAAGAAAUAUCUGUUGGAAGAUCUAAGGGAAAAAUGUAUUGACUACAUUAAAGCAAAUCUCAGUGUUGAUAAUGUGAUAUCUGUAUUAAACUUCUCUGAAUAUAUUCAAGAAGAUCCACUGAUUACAGAUUCCCUUAAACUAUUUUGUGAACAUGCUAAAUAUUUAUUCAAUGAGAGUUUGGAGAACAUCACAAGCUCAAGUUUAAAAAUAAUUCUUGAAAGCAAUGACAUCAACAUAUCUGAGAGGGAUCUCAUUGUAUUUGCAUUUCAGUGGGCUAAAGUUACCUGCUGUUCAAAUGGAGUUGCUGAUACAUUUGAGAAUAGAAGAAAGUGUUUAGUAGAUAAUCAUCUAUUUAAGUUAUUAAGAUUUUCAAUUCUAUCUGAUAAAGACUUGGAGAUUAUUCUCAAUGAGGAUACCAACGCAAAAGAGGCUAUUGAACUUGCAGAAAUCACUAAGAUGAAUAUUUGUAAUUUGAAUGAUUCUAGUUGCAUUAAGAUGACAAGAAAUGCUCUUAAAGUAAGGGAGCAUAUCUGUCACCGCCGCUUCCUCAGGUCCUCUGCACCUCUGAUUGUUGAUGGCCAAAAUAAUACAAUCCAUGUGAAGAUGCAAGUUGACAAAACCAUCUUUAUCAAUUCACUCUGUGUUCCUACAAGAAUGUCUCCACAAAUUAAUUUCCACAGUGAUAAUGCCAUGUUGUAUUCAGAACAAUUUUCUGUGACUGUAACUUGUGAAACUGAUAACUGUAUUAUUAAAUCUACUAAUUUCAUGAACACAGUUGAAUAUGAUUCAAAUGUUUUUAUAGAAUUUUCUGAACCUUGUGUCUUACAAAAGGACAAGUGGUAUGUAGUAAACUUUUCUUGGCCUAGUGGUGGGUGCUACUCCAACAGAUACAUUGUGGUCCAAAGAGAUGUUGUUGUGCAUCAAAAAGUUAAGUUCCACUUUGAAGAUACUGUAUCUGAUGGAAGCUUCUUAGAAAGUUUGAAAUUUUCCUUGUAAAAAAAUUGACUCAUGUAAAAUUAUGGUAUCUUUGUAGAAUCUCCCAUUUUCUUGAUGGUUUAUACAUAGAAUAUUUAAGGGCUCAUCAAUAUUAUAUUGUUAGAAAUAUCAUUUAA